AUGCCAUGUCUCUUCUUCGUCAUUACUGUGUCACUUAUAAGCCGUGUCUGCUUGUCUUUGGGUUUAGUUCCCGUUUAUCAGAACAGUCGGGGUGGCAGAAGGUCUAACAUUUGGGUUUUUGCGGAUAUUUCUAUUGCUUCUACUGUCGUGUUAUCUACUACUCAGUCUUCGGUUGGCCCGUUUGUGACGGGGAAUUUUCUCAUCAUUGGUGACUUUAACUCUAUUUUGGGUGCUCAUGAGCGUCUUGGCAGGCGGAUUCCAGCCACUACUCCUUGUCUGGAGUUCAGAGAGUUCAUUGAUGAUCACAGCCUGGUUCAGCCCGAGACUACUGGCUCUUUUUUCACUUGGACUGAUCGGAGGUGUUUUCCCUUUUCGAUUGAAUCUGUUUUGGACAGAGACCUUCUUUAUCAGGACUUCUAUGAUCUUUGGACUUCUACCUCGGUUUUGGUGCUUUCCAAAUUGGAAUCGGAUCACUCACCGAUUCUUCUUCGUUGUUUGGACUCAGAGGUCAUGAAGAAGCUGAAGCGUCUCCGCCCCGCUCUCAAGACCUGGAAUAAGGAGGUGUUUGGCAACUACAACACCGCUCUGACUGAUCUCCAGCAAGAUCUUAGUGCGCUGCAGCAGAGUAUCGAUGCGAUGGGCUACUCAGAAGUGUUUUUUGAUCAGGAGGUCGCCCUUCAGGCUGAGAUGGGAACGCUUUUAAUGUUUUUCCAUUCUAUGGUCAAGUGGCGUCGGGCUAGCCACAAGAUCAAGCAUUUCAACAUUAAUGGUGUGCUUUCUGAUGACCCUGCCACGAUGGCUGCUCACGUGGUUGAUUUCUACAGUAGCUUAUUUGAUGAGCCUCCUUCGGACCCUGUGGACAGAUCUUGGAUUCCUCAGUAUAUCCCCGCCUUGGUGUUUGAGUCCGAUGCGGGGAUGCUCAUUAAACAGCCGUCUACCACGGAGAUCGGGGACACGGUUUUUUUUAUGGAUAAGGAUAGCGCGCCUGGUCCCGAUGGGUUUUUUGGGGCAUUCUUUCAGAGUGCUUGGGAGAUUGUUGGGGAGGACACUAUUGCUGCUGUCUCUCGCUUUUUCACGCAUGGUUACAUCCCAACUGGCCUAAAUGCCAAUCUGUUAUGUCUUCUGCCCAAAAAGUCGGAUGCGGUGGCCAUCUCGAACUUUCGUCCCAUUGUUUUGGAAAACUUUUUCUUUAAGAUUCUCACCAAGAUCCUUGCUUCCCGUCUCAAUUUGGUGGCUGCCUCUAUUAGGGGGGUUAAUUGCUUGGAGCGGUCUCUGUGUGGUCGAAAUUUAGCUCUUAAGGUUGACAUCAAGAAGGCCUUUGACACGCUGAACUGGGACUUUGUGGACACUGGUGUGAGACAAGGUGACCCCCUGUCGCCCAUUUUAUUUGGGAUAGCUGAAGAGGUGCUGAACCGGCUUCUGUUGGACGCGGCUGAGAGAGAUGAUGUCCUCAUUUUCUAUAGGGCAGAUAAGCGUAGCUGUGUUAUGAAUGAUUCGAUCCUUCAGAUCUACGCUGCUGUUCCUGGGCAGGCCUGCAACAAGGCUAAAUCUACGGUCUAUUUUGGCAAAGGUGUUCCGACUCAGGAUGGCAUUCAUUCGGGAUCGCAUCAUUGCCCACUUCCCGAAGUGGCAGGGGAUGCAGCUGUCUAUGGCCAGCCGAAUUUGCUUGGUCUUUUCAGUCAUCAACAGUACGGCGGUGCACACAUCGGUCAAGGGACCUCGGUUCUCUUCUGGAUGGACAACUGGCUGGGGUACAAACUCAUUGACAAGAUUGGGAUCCCCAACUCUAUUUUUCGUUAUCUUCAGCAGCCGAUCUCUGACUAUUACUUUGAGGGCUCUUGGCACUUCACUCUGGACUUCCUGAUUACCUUCCCAGACACCGCCUUCGACAUUAUCUCGAUCCCCAUUUCUGGUAUUGGGGACCGGCGUGCCUGGACUCACUCCCAUUUUGGGAAGGUCGCUUCGUCUCUUGCUUUGGAUCAUCUGCGCCCUAGUUUUCCCUCGGUUGACUGGGGAAAUUGGAUAUGGGCUCCUUUCAUCCUGGUCCGCUGUAACAGCCCAGCUCCAGAGUUGACGAACAAAGUGGUGUUUGAUGAUGUUUCAAUUUCUGCUACUGCCUUGAUGGUGCAAAUCAAGGCUUUUAUUCUGGAAGCUGCUCGUUUCAGCCUUAGUGAGAUGGCUAACUCGGUGGAAGAGUUACUGGUUCUUCAUGAAAUUGGGGUACCGGGCAAUCCUCGUCGUCCUACCUCUUAUGUUUAUGUGUUCUGGUCUCCCCCACAGCAUUGGAGGAAGAUUAACAUUGAUGGCUCUGUUCAUGGAUCACCUCUCAGUAUCCACGUUGGCGGUAUUAUCCGCGAUUCCACUUCGGUUAUUGGAUGCUUCCAUUUUUCUGCUGGCCGCAGUUGGGCUUUUAAGGCUGAGCUUUUUGCUCUCAUAAUUGCUCUGGAGUAG